AUGGAAGCUCAGGUAGCUGCGUUGGAACAACGUUUGGAAACCGGGGAUUCAUUAACAAAUCAGAAGAUUAAUGACAUCCUACAAAUGGUGCAGCAGCUGAAAGAGAGCAUGGUCAUAACUGGUGGCCAGAGGCCUGAGGAACGUAGCCAUCAACCAAAGCUGGGAUACAAUCCUAAACUGGAGUUUCCAAAAUUUGAUGGUAAGAACCCUAGAAUCUGGAUUAGAAAAUGCAGUAAAUAUUUCAGUCUAUGCAAAAUUCUUGAUGAGCAGAGAGUAGAUUUAGCUUCCUUAAAUAUGAUUGAUAAGGCUAAGAGUUGGGUAGCUAGUUAUCUGUCUAAUAGAAGUUUUGUAGACUGGCAUGAUUUCGUGGCUGAUGUGAACAUUAGAUUUAAAGAUGAACAAGCUGUGAACAUUGUAGAAGAAUUCAAUAAACUUCAACAACACAGUACCAUUGAGGAGCUAUCUCCUAUCGGAGAAAAUCUCCUUGAGAGUUUUGUUGGGGGACUUAAACCAGGGCUGAGACCUUUUGUAAGGGCAUUUAAAUCUCAGAAUAUUGCAGCUGCUAUUGAAAACCACCAAUGCAAAUUUAAGGAGCCACAGUUGUUUACUGUGGAAAUCCCUGGUCUAGAUGAGUCUGAUGUGGCAGCAAUAGACAUAGAGGAAGCUGAGGAGGGCUCUGAUAUCAACACUGAACCUCAAAUCACUUUAACUGCCUUAGCUGGAAAUCAAACAUUUCACACAAUGAGGGUGCAAGCUGUAGUGAAGGGAAGAACUCUCCAAACCCUUAUAGAUCCUGGAAGUAUACAUAACUUUCUGGACAGUCACAUGGCUGAGGAAUUAGGUUGUAUUGUGGAAAAAAUUCCAGGACAGUCAGUAAUAGUAGCGGAUGGCAACCAUCUUGUGUGUGACUCAGUGUGUAAGGGGUUCACCUGGGCCUUGGGAGGUCUGUCCUUCACCACUGAUGUUAUGCUCAUUCCUUUGGGGAGUUGUGACAUGGUACUGGGUGUGCAGUGGCUCAAUACUUUAGGCUCCAUUUCUUGGAACUUUAGGCAGCUGACCAUGAAGUUCUGGGUUAAUAAUCAGUGGCUAGAAGUAAGAGGUGUUCCCAGUAAGAAACUGAAAGUUUAUGAUAAAGAGCCAUCUGCUAAAUUACUUAAUGAGGCUGCUCAGAUAUGUUUGAUACAAACAUGUGAAGUUGAAAGGGAUAUAGCUACAUGCUUGGUCCAGCUGAGUGAAGAGAGAACUGAAGCACAGGAACUUAAGCAGCUGAAAGCAGCUUAUUCUUGCAUUUUUGAAGAACCCGUUGAACUUCCUCCUGGUAGGGGAGUUUUUUAUCAUAGGAUCCACUUGGAAGAAGGGAGUAGGGCUGUUAAUAUCAGGCCUUAUAGAUACCCUCUUAGGCAGAAGGAUGUCAUUGAACAAUUAGUGAAGGAAAUGUUGGAAAGGGUCCUGGAAGAGCUUAUUGAUGAAUUGGCAGGAAGUGUGGUGUUUAGCAAGAUUGAUUUGAGGGCUGGUUAUCAUCAGUUAAGAAUUCAUCCAAAUGAUGUUUUCAAAACAGCCUUUAGAACUCAUGAAGGGCAUUAUGAGUUCUUAGUCAUGCCCUUUGGUUUGACCAAUGCACCAUCAUCUUUCCAAAGCUGGAUGAAUGUUGUAUUCAAGCCUUUACUAAGGAAGUUUGUUUUGACUGAUGCAAUAAGCUCAUGGCCAGUCCCUUCCUCCAUUAAGGAACUCAGGAGUUUCUUAGGACUCACUGGAUACUAUAGGAGGUUCAUAAAAGGUGCUCCAGUCCUUGCCUUACCUGAUUUCGGUAAGGGAUUUGUGGUUGAGACAGAUGCCUCUAAGCUAGGCAUAGGAGCUGUGUUACUACAGGACCAACAUCCCAUUGCUUUCAUUAGUAAAGCUUUAGGUCCAAAGUGGCAAAAGUUGUCUGUAUAUGAAAGGGAGCUUCUUGCUAUGGUGCUGGCUGUGCAAAAAUGGGAACAAUACAUUGUUGGGUCACAUUUUGUGGUCAAAACAGACCAAAAAAUCUUGAAGUGGCUGUUGCAACAGAAGAUUUCAACACCCUUCGAACAGUUUUGGCUCUCAAAACUCAUGGGGUUUGAUUAUGAAAUUCAAUAUAAGGCAGGGAAAGAAAAUGUUGCAGAUGAUGCUUUGUCAAGAGUUCAAGGCUCUAAUAUACUAUUGCUGGCAAUAUCAGUAGUAGAUUCAGACUUGGCAUCUUCAAUCAUUACAAGUUAUGCCUUGGAUGACAAUUUGCAAAUAAUUUACCAAAGCCUACCUGCUGGAAAUCAAACUGAUGCAAGCUUCACACUUCGAGAUGGGUUAUUGAGAAAGAAAGGAAGGAUUGUUGUUGGUCCUAAUGAGGAUCUAAGAAGAAAGCUACUGCAUUGGCAACAUGCUACUCUAGAGGCUGGUCAUUCAGGUAGAGAGCAGACUCUCAAAAGGCUUCAAGCUCUCUUCUAUUGGAAAGGGUUGACUAAGGAUGUGAGCCAAUUUGUGAGAAAGUGUCAAGUAUGUCAAGCUUCAAAGUAUGACACAUCAGCCAAGCCGGGAAAACUUCAACCUCUUCCUAUUCCUCAGCAGGUAUGGACUGAUGUUUCUAUGGACUUUAUUUCGGGAUUGCCUAUGUCCAUGAACAUCAAUGUAAUUUUUGUGGUUGUGGAUAGACUCAGUAAAUAUGCCCAUUUCAUACCUCUUAAACACUCAUACUCUGCUAUUGAAGUUGCUCAAGCUUACUUGGACAAUGUGUUCAAACUUCAUGGAUGGCCAAGAAGUAUAGUGAGUGAUAGAGACCCUAAAACUUCAUGUAUGCUGUCAACAUGGAUGAUUUUGUUUAUUAGAAGUUUACCAGGGAUGGCUCCUUUUCUACAAAAUCUGCAUAUGUGA